AUGAGUGAAUAUACAGAAAUUCUAAAUGAACAAGUAUUACAAUUAAACCUAAAAACAAAAGAUAUAGAAAUAGAGAAUAAUGAAUUGAGAAGAGGACGAAAUUACAAUAGGAAAAGAGACUUCUACAAUGAUAAACGUGAGCACCGAAAUAACAGUCCAUACCCGUAUAGGAGAAAUGAUAGCGAAGAGAGAAAUUUUAAUAAAAGAGAUAAUAGUCCUUACUCCUCUAGGUUGUAUAAUAGAUACUCUAGAGAUAAUAGCAAAGACAACAAUUACAAUAGAGACAAAUCAUAUUCAAGAGAAAGAAAGAACAAUUAUGAUAGUUCUAGGGAAAGUAGUAGAGAUAGAAGUUAUGCCAGAGAUUUUAUAACGUAUAAACACAGAAAUGAUAAAGACAGGGAAAUAAGAGGAAAUUAUAAACAGCGUAGUAAGAACAACAACGAAGAAAAACGGUACUCAAAAUACCGACAAUACAGCAGAGAGAAUAGUCGAGAAAGAGUACCAGGAAAAUAUAGAGAAGACCGCUAUGCGAAAGAAUCUGAGAGAGUUACUUGCUAUAGGUGUAGCGAGCGAGGACACUAUGCGGAUAAUUGUAAAAUGCCAAAAAACGAUUAG